AAAAAAUGUUGAGAUACAAAAAAGAUAUGCUUAAGACUGAAUAAAAUUUUCUAUUUGGAUAUUGUAAUUUAGCAAAUCUGGAUGAUAAAACUGAAAUAAUGAUUGCUGCGUCAGAUCCACAGGAGUUCGUUCCAAGUGGACGGCAGCAAGCAUUCAAGCAUCCUCAGCCAGAUGCCAAGAGAAUAGGAAAUGAACAGUCUGAUCUUUUAUUAAAUAAAUUGGAACGGGUAUCUUUGGUAGAAGGAAAUAAUACAGAGUGGUGGAUUUUAAGGAAAACUCCGAAUGAACAUAACAAUACUAGUGCAAACUAUGAAACUUACAGAGAUGAAGAUAAAAGUUACUUUGGUUGCAGUCAUAAGGAAGCUACCUCAUAUUUAGAUGAUUCAUUAACUUCUAAAAGUUUAGAUGUUGGAAAAAGUGGUAAGAGAAUGUCUGAUGCUGGCUGUUCCAGACAAGGAAAUAAAAGACUUUCGGUGGAUAAUGACAAUAAAAAUGAAUCUAGAUUUGUCAGUGAUUCAAAUAAAUUAAAUUAUGGUAGAGCAAGUACCAAGUGUUUCCGGACAAAAUUGGAAACAGGUUUCAUGGAAGAUGAACUGUAUGUAAGAGGCAACACAACAAUUUGGAGUAGAGGUUUAGUGACAAAUGAAGAUGAAGUUGAUAAUGGUCGGCAAACAAUUUGCUCAUACACUUCUCCUUUACCAGUUAAACAGGCUUUUUGGUGCACCUUUUACUGUGAGAGGCCUACUUAUGAUCCCAACCUGAUAGAUGUUCAUAGAAAAGUAGAUGAGCCUGCCGGCAUACCUGUGCCAUCUAUAUGUAUCAUAGAUGAGCACAAUUUGAGAGUUUUUUCUGAAAAGGGUGAGGAUUUUGUCAUAUCUGUGCCAUUUCAAAUUAAAAAGGCAUGGCCAACCAAAUUUGGUAUUUUUAUUGAGAAGAAAGCAGACAGUGUUGGGAAAGAUAAUUUUUAUGAUUGCCAAAGCACAAUCUUUUCUAUGGCAUAUCCAAUAGAUGAUAUUUGUUCAUUAGCUGUAAAUUGUAACAACUUAAUUCAAAUAUUAAACAAUAAGAAUUUGAGUAUUGUAUUUACAAGUGAGGAACCAAGUAUUUGCAUGGUAUACAAUUCCCAGACAAAACAACAUAGUGUGUUUCGUGUAAGAAACAUUCGACCCGACGAACGAGCAUUUGUCGAAAAAUCAAACAAUGCAAACAAUACUAAAAAUCCUUUAACUACUAGUAAGCAACUUAAAAAUAAAUUUUCAAUUUGGAACAUAGUAAAUAGUUCGAAUAUUCCUGCUUCUAGUUUAGGUCAUGCCCAUCAAACAAGAUCCCUUAAUUCUAUGGCUGCAAUGAGUCGUUGUCAGUCUCCCUCAGCCUCUAUAGGAAGUCCUUGGGUAGGACCCAAAUCUAGGGCCAGCUUUAAUACAACUGAAAGAGCUACAUCAAUGCCAAACAAUACCUUCUUUGACUUCUCUAAAAUUAUGUCACAUUUAAGAUCUACCCCCACUGUCUGUCUGGAUUAUUUAUGGACAGACAACUACUCUGUUCAAGAUGGUGCUUUAGCUGGUCCAGCUACCAAAGUAUUUCUUAGUGAAGACUUUUCUGGUCAGUGGUAUUUGUGUUACAUACUUUUGUCUCGUUUUCAAUUAUCCAUUGUCAAAAUAGAUUUUACUUCAAAUUAUCCUAAUAUAUCAUUUGGUAUGUUAACCAGCAUCAGUGCCAAAGAUGCUGUUCCAAUUCCACAUUUACAUAUGUUAGCUAUUUUGGAGCAUAAUGGCAAUGUGACCUUAUAUUCAGGUCUCACAGUGAUUGGUAAGCUGCACACAGGUGGCACCUUGGUGCAACAUACUCCUUCACCUUAUAUUAGGAAAAACUGUGCACUCUUAUAUUCUCCUUUUCCACGGAGAAGCAGUCUCUUGCCACAUUGCCAACCAGUUGAUCCCAAGUUCGAUGAACAUUUAUUGUCGCCUGUGUUGCCUGCUGCUCCCUCACAAAUGCCAAGAAGCAGUCAAUUCAAUUUCGAAGGUACCUCCAGGUCCGUCCUUUCCGGCCUAAUAGACGCGAUUGAAAAUCGGAUUACCUUAAAAUAUUCAGACGGGACGUAUUACAGGAUAACGUUACCAGCUCUGGCGUCGUCUUCAUUGGUCGAAAGUGUAUUAAACGCUUUCCGCCAGUUUCUGCCAAGGGACGCUUUAAUUGUUUUAAUGUCGAGGUGGUACUCAACGAGAAAUGCCCUUGGAUCGCAAAAUCUUAGCCUGGAUCAAGAGUGGAGCAUGUUCACUGGGUUGAUGUAUGAGUUAAUUGGCUAUGAGGACACCACAAUGACACAAGAUUUGUCCGCGGACCUACCCGCGACACCAGCCAGUGCCGUCAAGCGUGCGAAACACGACUCCCAGGGCUCAAGGGAUGACUGGACCAUGUUGACCACAAGUGCCCGCUAUAAAAUACGCUCUGACAUGAUUAAAAUGUUGAAACUGAAAGUUACUGAGCUCCUUUUCGAAAGCGAACCGGAUGCCGAAAUGCCCGAUAUUCAUAUUAACACCAAGUCGGUGCUUUUUCCCUACAUCAGGAUUAUACAUUUUGUGUUGCACUUGCUGUACGAAGAUUUUAAAUUAAACUUGUUGCGCUGCGACGAAAUGCUGCCGCUGAUGGUUUUCUUAAACAAGUUGUCGAACGACUUGGAACUGACCGAGUAUUCGUUGCACUAUUGGAAGGACUUCCCCGCUGAAGCCACCUUGUUCACCAGCAGCAACAUCAAGGAAUGCGACUUGAAGAAUGUUAAUACGUUUCCUGGUAUGUCUGAGAAACCUAUUAAUAUUAUGCAGCACAUUCUUAAUUUGUUGGGGGAGGAUGAAGUUGAGGAAUAUCCGUAUCUGGCUCAUGUGAAUGAACGAUCCAGGGAUAUAGUGCAGUUAGUCGGUAUAUUAUCAGGACGCCAUCGACACUUGCCACCGGAAUCAUUGCGCGAUAGCUUCGUUAAAGAUCUCAUAAGCAGUCACGUUGAAAAUGCCAGUCAUUCACACGUGCGCAUUGGUCUCAAUGAGGCUUCCAUAGUGGAAACGGCCGUGCUCACUAUGGUGGAUAUGGGUAUUACUCCGGAGUACUUAGAUACUCUUCCAGUUGGCAUCAACCUUUUAAUGUAUAAUGCACUUUGGAAGUGCAGGGAAAAUCCCCCUUCAAAUUGGUCGGCCGAAGCUUAUUAUUUGUUGUGGCGUGAAGAUCUGGCUGCUCAAACUCUGAAGAUGAAAAAGGAGUCUAAUGAAGAUCCCGUCUCAGAAAAGUUCCGGAUGCAUGGCAACAACCAGAUGCCCUUUGUUGUGCCGCCAGCCGAUGCCGAACAACCUGACGGUAUGGAAGACAUCGACACCCCUCUGAUGAGGCUACGUUUCGCCGAUGACGUUCGAGUUGCGGAAACUAGAAAAAUGUUACAAAGUUCACGGCCAAUACCUAUUGUCUUGGUUCAAAGACCCGACGUUUCCGACCAUGAUUUCAUUGAGGAGCAGGAGAAACAUUUGUUCGCCACCUGCGCACGCACCAUGGCCCUUCCAGUCGGAAGAGGUAUGUUCACGCUGCGCACUUCAAUGCCAGUGAUAACGGAACCACUGCCGACUCCGCCCCUCACUUUAACCGGAAAGGUGCCACCGCGUGGCACCACCAUCGACGUCAGCCAUAUCGACACACCUCCCAACAUGAGCCUGUGGCCACUGUUCCACAACGGGGUCGCGAACGGCCUACGAAUCUCGCCCGACUCGCAUUACAUCGACACAACUUGGAUCGCGUUCAACAUGCCGAAGGGUAACUGCGACCAACAAAUGGAGCACGCCGGUUUCCUCAUGGCGCUUGGACUCAACGGCCACCUAAGGAACCUCUCACUAUUAAGCACCUACGAUUACCUCACCAAGUUGCACGAAAUGACCAGCGUUGGUGUAUUAUUGGGUUGGUCAGCAUCGUAUCGCGGCACUGCAAACACGAACUUAACAAAGAUGCUGAGCGUACACGUGGAAGCUCUGCUGCCGCCCACGUCGAUGGAAUUGGACGUGCCGCAGAAUUUGCAAGUGGCCGCCCUUUUCGGCAUUGGAUUGUUGUAUCAACGUACCGCUCAUUGCCACAUUGCCGAGGUGCUGCUGUCGGAGAUAGGCAGGCCUCCCGGCCCGGAAAUGGAAAACAGUGUCGACAGGGAGUCGUACUCGUUGGCAGCUGGCCUGGCUUUGGGUUUAGUCACACUCAAGCAGGGCGACAAGCCUGCUGGUUUGUCUGAUUUGAAUGUACCUGAUACACUGCAUUAUUACAUGGUUGGCGGCAACAAAAGACCCCUUACUGGAUCUCAAAAGGAUAAGUAUAAAGUUUCAUCGUUCCAAAUACGAGAAGGUUCAUCAGUGAAUUUAGACGUUACUGCCCCAGGAGCUACUCUGGCUUUGGGUCUGAUGUAUUUAGGAACGGGGAAUAAGGCGGUAGCAGACUGGAUGGCCCCUCCAGACACUCAAUAUCUGCUUGAUUUUGUUAGGCCUGACUUUUUAAUGCUUAGGAUUUUAUCUAGAGCUCUUAUACAUUGGAAUGAUAUAGAACCAUCCAGGGAGUGGGUAGAAGGACAAGUACCAACUACAAUUCGACCAUAUUGUAUGGUAAAACCGUCCCCCACUGUGGAUGUAGAUUAUGAAGCCAUGAACCAAGCUUAUUGUAAUAUAGUAGCGGGAGCCUGCUUUGCCCUGGGCCUGAAAUUUGCGGGAUCAGCCGACGAAGAUGCUUUCGAAACCCUUCUGUAUUUCUGCCAUAUGUUUACUAAACUUACAUCAAAAUCUAUCGCGGAGUUAGCAGGCAAACCUACAAUAGAAACUUGUUUAAAUGUUUUGCUUUUAUCUGCGGCUAUGGUUAUGGCUGGAACUGGAAAUCUAGAAAUAAUGCGCUUAGUAAGACAUUUAAGACGUCGUGUAGGAGUUACUGCUUGUGCCGUCGUGACCUACGGUUCUCAUCUGGCUACGCACAUGGCCCUAGGAUUAUUAUUUUUAGGUGGAGGAAGAUACACUCUUUCAAAUUCCCCAGCUAGUAUAGCAGCUCUGAUCUGUGCCUUUUAUCCUAAGUUUCCAACUCAUAGUAACGACAAUAGAUAUCACUUGCAAGCCUUCAGGCAUUUGUAUGUGUUAGCUGUGCAACCGCGUGUGAUAAUACCAAAAGAUGUUCAUUUAGGAAAAAGCUGCUAUGCCAAUUUAAAAAUAGUUAAGUUGGAUGGAUCUACCACAACUGUAAAGGCUCCAGGCAUAAUUCCCGACACGAACACGUUGCUGAAAGUUUCCGUCGACGACGAACGAUAUUGGCCUGUGGUAUUCGAGAGGGGCCACAACUGGGAUCUUCUAUUAAAAAUCCUGUCUACAAACGGGGAAAUAGAAGUGAAGCAGCGGGCAGGUUGUUUGAGCUACGUGGUGGAUAAAUUGGGAUAUCACAGUCAGCUCGCUAGAACUCUAACACAGUCGGGUGUUGUACCUUGGGAUCCGACGCCUGCCUCUAUACGUUCGUUCACGUCUGACGAAACGAUCAAACACUUCUGCGAUCACUUUUUUAUAAACCCACGUUCUGAGUCUGAGUAUCAAAAACAAGUGAUAUUCAGGCAGAGACUGAUGAGGGUCACUUAUGACGCAGUUAUAAAGGACAAGCUGGUGAUCGUGUAUGUUCUUGCAGCAAUUUUUAAGAUGAUAGAUGAUUUUGAAGGUAAAUCAAAGACGUACAACAUGUGGCAAAUUAAAAUCGUAGUGAAACAAGCAUUAAUGAAGUCAUCAAUAUUUGACUUGAUUCCUAAAGAAGCAAUUCUCGCCAUUCAGGAGGAAACUGCACAACAAAUGGAUGCAGAUGAGCCUGGCAUUGUUGGGAACUUGAGGAAUUACCUCGAAGGGGUUGAUUUUGUUUCCUUUGACGUAGAUUAUCAGAGAAUGAUAGCAAAUUACCUGGUGUUCUAUGAUUUGCCUUUCAAAUUGUACCACCCAAAGUGUGAAAAUUUACUGGAGCUUAUGGAUAAAGUUAAAGAUCACAAUUUAUCCAGUGAAACAAUUGAAAGAAUUUGGAAAAUUUUGAAAACUUACCAAUAAGUUUAAUUUGUAAAUAAAUAUUUUAAUAAUAA